CAGCAGUCACAGCAGCCACCGAUCGCGGUGUAAAAACGUAAAACGCCUUUACGUUACAUACCCUUACAUAUGCAACACAAACUGUAACCUGGCUUUUUAUUUAAAAACGAUUCUGGGAAGAGUGGAAAGGGACUGCCAGUGUGCUAAUAAGCUGGGUAUACCUACACAUCCGCCGUAUCUUGGUGCAAGUAGCCUGCUGGUUAAUGUUACAUUUAUGUCUGGCUAGAUAAAUAGUAUUUUCGAAGACGGUGUUUUACAGCCUGGAGUCGCACUGUGAUUGUCAGCUGCUUGUCUGGCUGCCUGUUUAUGGCUGUUCACAACGCCGGGUAACGUUGUUCACAUUACAGUAACUCUUCAAUAAGUCUUUUGUGUGUUUCUGAAAGCGGCGCCUCAAUGUCUUAUCGGGGUGACAAUAGUGGAUUUUUCCACUGAGAGGAACAUAUGACAAGCUAUAAUAGUUAGAGGUAAUGAAAUAUUAAAAGAGUCGUAAGAUUGUAAUUACUUUCUCAAAGAAGUAUAAGAAUAAAUAGGAUGUUACAAAGCUUCCUUGUAGAUACUGUUCAGGUUUUGUCGUCAUUGCAUUGUUAAGGUGGUGUAUCAUUAUUUGCGCAUUAGUCCGUUGGAUCGACCAGUAUUAAACGGACCGGCACGUUUGUUAGCAGGCUAAGCUACUUCGGUUCUACCUUAAAUUAAUGUCGGCAGUCAUUUCGUUUGCACUGACGUCAACAGUAGACUAAAGCCGUGCUUAGUAUUUUAAUGCAUUGCACGAUUUAUGUUGACAGACCUAUUGAAAACAGCAGAGACGGAUAUUAUUGAGAGGUUAUGGUUGUGUAAUUACCUGCAUAAAAAUAAACAUAAAGCGAGACUCCGCGGAGAAAUGAAUUCAACGUAAAUUUUUUCAAGCAGUCCCCUGAAUUGUUUUGUUGCUGGUUUUAGUGGUGAAUAACAGCAAAAGAAAGAUACCUAGGCAUUCUUAUCCAAAAAAGAGGGUUCAAGCAACGCAUGGAUUCAUCUGACGUAUGUAUUUGAGAGUGACACCAGAUCAGGACCAGGCCCAGGCUCAGGACCACUGCCCCAAGAUGGAAGGAGGCAUGCAGCUAUUGAACCGCGAUGGCCACAGCAUCUCCCACAAUUCCAAGCGCCACUACCAUGAUUCAUUUGUGUCCAUGAGCAGGAUGCGCCAGCGUGGCUUGCUGUGCGAUAUUGUGCUGCACGUGGCCAAUAAGGAGAUCAAGGCUCACAAAGUGGUGCUAGCGUCCUGCAGCCCUUAUUUCCAUGCUAUGUUCACAAACGAGAUGUCCGAGAGCCGCCAGACCCAUGUGACCCUGCACGACAUCGAUCCCCAAGCCUUGGAGCAGCUUGUGCAGUAUGCCUAUACGGCGGAGAUCGUGGUGGGGGAGGGCAAUGUGCAGACAUUGCUGCCCGCUGCCAGCCUCUUGCAGCUGAACGGCGUGCGUGAUGCCUGCUGCAAGUUCCUGCUCAGCCAACUGGACCCCUCCAACUGCCUGGGCAUCCGCGGCUUCGCCGACACGCACUCCUGCAGUGACCUGCUCAAGUCGGCCCACAAGUAUGUGCUUCAGCACUUUGUGGAGGUGUCCAAGACCGAAGAGUUCAUGUUGCUUCCUCUGAAACAGGUGCUGGACCUGAUCUCCAGCGACAACCUGAAUGUGCCAUCAGAAGAGGAGGUGUACCGGGCUGUGCUGAGCUGGGUCAAGCAUGACAUUGACGGCCGGCGGCAGCAUGUGCCCAGGCUGAUGAAGUGUGUGAGGCUGCCGCUGCUGACCAGGGACUUCCUGAUGAGCAGUGUGGACACAGAGCUGCUGGUGCGCCACCACUCCGAGUGCAAAGAUCUUCUUAUCGAGGCCCUUAAGUACCACCUGAUGCCAGAGCAGCGAGGCGUCCUGAGUAACAGUCGCACCCGGCCUCGCCGCUGUGAGGGGGCCAGUCCCGUGCUGUUCGCCGUUGGUGGAGGAAGUCUGUUUGCUAUCCAUGGCGACUGUGAGGCGUAUGACACCCGCACAGACCGCUGGCACAUGGUGGCCUCCAUGUCCACGCGGCGGGCGCGUGUGGGCGUGGCAGCCAUCGGGAACAAACUCUACGCGGUCGGGGGUUAUGACGGUACCUCUGAUUUGGCCACUGUGGAGUCAUAUGACCCCGUCACGAAUUCCUGGCAGUCGGAGGUUUCCAUGGGAACGCGCCGCAGCUGUUUGGGCGUGGCUGUCCUCCAUGGCCUGCUCUACGCUGUUGGCGGAUAUGAUGGCGCUUCCUGUUUAAACAGCGCGGAGAGGUUUGACCCCUUGACCGGCACUUGGACCUCUGUCGCUGCCAUGAGCACCAGGAGGCGCUAUGUCCGUGUGGCCAUGCUGGACGGCAACCUCUAUGCAGUUGGUGGAUAUGAUAGCUCCUCACACUUAGCAACGGUGGAGAAGUAUGACCCACAGAGUAACAUUUGGACAUCUAUAGCUAACAUGCUAAGCCGGAGGAGCAGUGCUGGGGUUGCUGUACUGGAGGGCAUGCUCUACGUUGCUGGGGGCAACGAUGGAACCAGCUGUCUCAAUUCAGUGGAGAGGUACAACCCGAAAACCAACACCUGGGAGGGGGUGGCCCCCAUGAACGUCCGCAGGAGCACUCAUGAUCUGGUGGCCAUGGACGGCUGGCUCUAUGCGGUGGGUGGUAACGACGGCAGCUCCAGCCUCAACUCCAUCGAGAAAUAUAAUCCGCGCAGCAACAAGUGGGUGGCGGCCUCCUGCAUGUUCACCCGCCGGAGCAGCGUGGGUGUGGCCGUGCUGGAGCUGCUCAACUUCCCCCCGCCAUCGUCACCCACCCUCUCGGUCUCCUCCACCAGCCUUUGACAAAGACUGUGGCCCCAGCAGGCCUCCGCCCAGCCUUGCUGCUGGUCCAAGCGUCGAAACUGCUCGGUGUAGCCAGCAGGGGGCAGCAGGGAGUGCAGAAACGGGGGCAUGGGGAGGAGGAGGAGGAGGAGAUGGACAGAAGAAGGAGGACUUGGCAGGUACUGCGUGGGUUUGCAGUGUUAGGUCAUUGAGAACCCUGUUCCCGCAUAAAUGCUGGCUCCUUUCGAAGGAUACUUUAGCAUUCCUGACAGGGAGAGGAUUAGGAAAGACAUGUUCCCCUGGGCAAACUGCAUUGUCACUGUCCAGAGCUCCAACAGCCAGUACUGUUUCUUGAUUUUUGCAGUUGAUUUGUGUCACAUGAUUACAUUUACUGUAGGUUGAUUUGGUUGGAAUUUUAAAUUUUUUAUUUUUUUAAAAAAUCUUAGCUUACCGCCCAACUUUAGGAAUGUUGCUAUUGACUUGUAUCUGCCAUGCAUGUCUAGUACAUUUUUUGGUAUACAUAGCAGGCUGCUAAGCUGCAAUGCUGCUUUGCCACAGUAGGUGGCAGUAAUGGUUAGUAAUGUUAUACACUACAGGGAGGUGCUCUAAAUGGAUGCUACAAUGAAUGGAUAAUGUUUCGGAGAGACAGAAGAUUCUUAAAAACAAAUUAGGUAAGAAAUAUGCCACUAAUGCACCACAAAGCAAGGAAGGCCAUAAUAAUUACUGAAAUGUAUAACAUUUAAAGUUUGUUUUCCAAAAGUUAAUCAAUACAAAUGUACUUUAUUAUUAAUAUGAUUUAUAACGUUUGUUUUGUGUUUAUUGUUAUUUUGUACAUCGUGUCAUUGUUGUACUGUACAACGGAUGGAGAAAGAGUAUAUGGUGGAAAUAGCAAAAAACUUCAUAUUUUAAAAGAUGUAUGUAUUUACGUAUGAACCACUACAGCUCUGUUAUUUCAUAAUGAAAAACUACAUUUAAUGGCAUUUGAUAGGAUGUUUAAAAUUGAAAGAAUGGAAGCAAAGCAGGGUGUUGGACCUGAAUUAUAUAAGUUACAUUUAUAUUCCAAUAAUCAUUUUGGAACUGAAGUGACUCAAUAUUAGUCAGAUGGAUGUUAAAUAGAGAGACGACAAAUCUUUCACUAUUGGCAGGCUUUGGCUGUGCGCAUGCUUCUGAAGGUGGGUAAAAUCCACUCUUAUGGUAACUGGUUUUCCUUAGCUGUUAUAGUGUAACAUAAAAAUCCCCUUGGAAAUCAAUGGAGAGUUUCAUUAGUUUUGUAUUGGAGCAAGAGUAAUCAGCAGCAAAUGCAUUUGAAAUAUCAAAAAGUGUCAUGUAGUGGAAAAUACUUGGAGGAAGGUGAAAUGCACAGGCAAUGCAUUAGCAUCUGCACUCUGUACAAAUCAGUUUAGUUAUUUGGUUGAAUUGUAGUGUAAUAUCAUAUGACUGCAAACUUCUGAGAAGUUACAUUUUCCUUUUUUUAAGGAUUUUGCUUAACAGAUACAGCCUGUGGGGGAGCUGGAAGGCUUUAUCGUCUGUUUUACGUUGAAUUCUUUAUCACAGGUUGGUGCACUUUGUUGUCCAUUCUUAUGUUCAAGGCCAUGGGUCAUGCGGUGUUACCAGUUUGGCUUCGUUUUCUGGCAAAUAUUGUAAAUAUCAAAUCUAAAUAUAAGUAUCAGAUGAGACGUUAGCUUGAUGUUAGUGUAAAUGUAUCUUAUCGCGUGUAACUUAUUCCAUCACUGUGUGUUUAUUUAUAUGUAAUUUAUGUCAGCCGUAUUUAUGUGGAAACGGAAUUUUGCACUAUGUUUAAAACAGCAAUACACUCCUGUAAAGAAAAAAAUAAAUAAAGGUCUUUUCCAAGGAGCGUUA